CCGGUGCGGUCGAAUCUCCGCGCGCUCGGACGCCGUUUGCACCUGCACAGAGGAGGUUGGUGCGUACGCACGUUGGCUCCGCUUGUCCCGCUUCUGAUACUGUCGGACGUCACCGUGGGCUCGCCGUCCAGCGAGAGACUAGGGUGUGCGCAGUGAACGGCGGAGGCGACCCUUUAGGGCGGCUAUGGAAAGCCGCGUGGGCCGUGCUCGGGCCCGAGUCGGCGGCGCCUUUCGUCGCCUUGUGGAUGCCUUGGUGGACGGGGCCUUCGGAGCCGUCGCCCUGUGUCGCAGGGGCAGCGGGCGCGGGGCCCUGGCGCCGGUCACGGACCCGCUACUGCUGAUGCCCGCCACUAGCCUCGCCGCCAAGAUCUGCUCGGGAGAGGUGUCCAGCGAGUCCGUCGUGUUGGCGUUCACCGCCCGCAUCCGCCUGGUGGCCCCGGUGCUUCUGGCCGUGGUCGACGAGCGCUUUGAGGCCGCCCUGGACGAGGCUCGAGCCGUAGACCGCCUGGUCCGGGCCACGCCGCCCGACGAGCGACCCGCACUACUCGCACGGAAACCCUUCCUCGGGGUCCCCAUCACGGCCAAGUCCCCCGUUGGCAUUCAAGGGCUGGUGUUCGACGCGGGACUCAAGUGCCGCCGCGGCGUGGUCGCGGAGCGCGACUCGGACGCCGUGUCGGCAAUGCGCGAGGCCGGCGCCGUGCCACUGGCCCUGACCAAUGUGUCCGAGCUGGCCAUGUGGUGGGAGUCCUUCAACAAGGUGCACGGACGCACCAACAACCCGUACGACCUGAGGCGCAUCCCCGGAGGAUCCAGCGGCGGCGAAGGAAGCCUGCUGGCGGCGGCCGGGUCAGUGCUAGGCCUGGGCACGGACAUCGGCGGCUCCAUCCGCAUGCCGGCCUUCUUUAAUGGCGUGUUCGGCCACAAGCCGUCCCCGGGGCUGGUCAGCAACGGCGGACAGUUCCCACACGUCCAGGGGCACCAGGUCGAGUUCCUGGGCACGGGUCCCCUCUGCAGGUACGCCAGGGACCUAGCACCGGCCCUGGCUGUUCUGGUGGGACCCGAACAUGCCCGACAAGUGUUGCGCCUGCACGAGCCGGUGGACCUGAAGAAAGUGCGGGUGCACGUGGUGGCCGAGGCUGGUCAGUGCUUCAUGAUGUCAGCCGUUCAUCCCGAUGUCCGCAAGGCCGUCAAAGAUGUGGCGACUCACCUGGAGCAACGGGCAGGCCUGCAAGUUAGCGCCGCCAAGGUACCCUCUCUGCGGUACGCCUUCGAGAUGUGGACGGCUAUGAUGACCUCCGGAGACUCGCCGACGUUCGCAGACCUCCUGCGGGACAGCGGUUGCCCCAUGUCCCCUGGCACGGAGCUCCUCCGCUGGAUGGCGGGGGUGUCGUCGCACACCUUCAUCUCCAUCAGCCUCGUGCUGCUCGAGAAACUCGGUCCCGCUAAGGACUCAGCCGCAUCUCGCCGCCUCUGCGCCAAGGCCGACGCGCUCCAGAGAGACCUGGAGACUCUGCUGGGCGAAGACGGCGUGCUGCUUUUGCCGACUCACCCGGAGCCGGCGCCGUACCACAGGGUGCCGACGUUCAGGGCCUUCAACUUCGCCUACACCGGAGUGUUCAACGUGCUUCGCCUGCCAGCCACGGCGUGUCCCGUCGGACUGGGCCGAAAGUCCGGGCUUCCGGUCGGUGUGCAGUUAGUGGCAGCGAGGAACAACGACCGGCUUUGCCUCGAGCUGGCGGCCGAGAUCGAGAGGGCCUUCGGAGGAUGGAGGGACCCCGGGCUCGGGAACGCGGCAGCGAGUGGUCCGUCCAGUGGCGUUGACGUUUUGUCGCACUGAUACAUUCCUUGGACACGACGUCGACUUUUAGUGUUCAAUAUAGGUGUUCGAAAAUGCAACUUGCUUGAAGCGAAGAGCGUACUAUAUGAGGACAUAAUCUUUAUUUUUUUUUAACACUUGAGUGGUGGUGUGACUUUUAGCGUUUUAUAUUGGCGUUCGAACGUGCAGCUUGGAAAGACAUUCUCUCCUUGAACAUAUGGAAGGUGGAGUGACUUUCAGUGUUCCCAUAAACUAUUUUAAUACUCAAAA